CCAAGGUGCCCUGCGGAAUGACAACUCUCCUUCCUGCAGCCCUCUCCUUCCUUCUCCUCUGGAUCCUGCCAGGGCAGGUCCUCCUCAGGGUGGCCUUCGCAAAAGAUGAUGUCAAAUCUGGGACCAAGGGGCCCCAGCCCAUGUCACCUUCUGAUUUCUUGGACAAGCUGAUGGGGCGCACGUCUGGUUAUGAUGCCAGGAUUCGACCUAAUUUUAAAGGCCCACCCGUGAAUGUGACCUGCAACAUCUUCAUCAACAGUUUCGGCUCCGUCACUGAGACCACUAUGGACUACAGGGUGAAUGUCUUCUUGCGGCAACAGUGGAAUGAUCCACGUCUGGCAUACCGAGAAUAUCCUGAUGACUCCCUAGACCUGGAUCCCUCAAUGCUGGACUCUAUCUGGAAGCCAGACCUGUUCUUUGCCAAUGAGAAAGGGGCCAACUUCCAUGAGGUGACCACAGACAACAAAUUACUGCGCAUCUUCAAGAAUGGGAAUGUGCUCUACAGCAUCAGGUUGACCCUCAUCCUGUCCUGUCCAAUGGACCUCAAGAACUUCCCCAUGGACAUCCAGACCUGCACAAUGCAGCUGGAGAGCUUCGGCUACACCAUGAAUGACCUCGUGUUUCAGUGGUUGGAAGAUGCUCCUGCUGUGCAAGUGGCUGAGGGCCUGACCUUGCCCCAGUUUAUCUUGCGGGAUGAGAAGGAUCUAGGCUACUGCACCAAGCACUACAACACAGGGAAAUUCACCUGCAUCGAGGUAAAGUUUCACCUGGAACGGCAGAUGGGUUACUAUCUGAUUCAGAUGUACAUCCCCAGCUUGCUCAUCGUCAUCCUGUCCUGGGUCUCCUUCUGGAUCAAUAUGGAUGCUGCCCCUGCCCGUGUAGGCCUCGGCAUCACCACUGUGCUCACCAUGACCACCCAGAGCUCUGGUUCCCGGGCCUCUUUGCCCAAGGUAUCCUAUGUGAAGGCCAUUGACAUCUGGAUGGCCGUGUGCCUACUCUUUGUUUUUGCUGCCCUGCUGGAAUAUGCUGCUGUUAAUUUCGUCUCUCGUCAGCAUAAGGAAUUUAUGAGACUUCGAAGAAGGCAGAGGCGCCAGCGCAUGGAGGAAGAUAUCAUCCGAGAAAGUCGCUUCUAUUUCCGUGGCUAUGGCUUGGGCCACUGCCUGCAGGCAAGGGAUGGAGGUCCAGUAGAAGGUUCUGGCAUGUAUAGCCCCCAACCUCCAGCCCCUCUUCUGAGAGAGGGAGAAGCCAUGCGGAAACUCUAUGUGGACCGAGCCAAGAAAAUUGACACCAUUUCCCGGGCUGUCUUCCCUUUCACUUUCCUCAUCUUCAAUAUCUUCUACUGGGUUGUCUAUAAAGUGUUACGGUCAGAAGAUAUCCACCAGGCACUGUGAACAGGGUUGGGUCUGUAAAGUCCAGCUCGGUUUCCUGUUUGCUUCUGGGUGGGCUCUCCUUCGCCCUUAGAUUCCAUCAGGGAAUUUGACAGUUCCUUCCCAAUUCCCAAUUCAAAACAUAAACUUACCUGUCCCAGAGCUGUGUUAUCCUAUACUGCAUGGUGCCAUGGUGGCUGUACUUAGAAGGAUGGCUCAUUCACCCUAACUCAAACUUUCUCCAUAUUUUCCCAUUGCUCAUGAGACUAAGCUUUGCUUUCCUGGAGCCAGUAUAAACUCUUGCACUUCCUGGUGCCUCUCUAUUUUCCAAUACGCUGGAGAAUUUUCAGACCAAUGUUACUAGAUUCUCACAUUUGUCACCUUUUUAAAAUUUUAUAAUACACUCCCAUAGGCUCUGAGAUUUCCCCUCCUCCCUUCUCCAGAUCUCCUCCCCCAUCUGUUUCCCUCCAUAUUAUUACGAUAGUAUAGUCCUUUUGAAACAGUCUUAAGUCCAUCAUUCUGCCAUUUGUCAGAAUCUGCACUACUCCUAACCCUACUGCCUUCCAGUCAAGAGUCUGGACUUUGCCCUGUCCUUUGUCUCUCCUAUUGCAGAAUAAAAUGGGGUAUCUUUCCCAUCCAUAAGUGCAGCCCAGUGUGACUCCAUAAGGCUUCUUUGGGGGUGACAGGAGGACAAGUCACAGGCUCGCCACCUCCCAACAAAGUUUGGAACACCCAUGGGCUGCCCUGGGGUGGGGGCAAUGUUUUAUGUUCCAAAAGAGAGGUGUUUGAGCUUCUGGAAGACCCCAACUGUCAGAAUUGGGGCAGGAACUCUGAAUGCUCAAGAAAAUCCUUCCAGAUCCUACUGAACUUUCUGAUUUCAGAAUAUUUUUUUUCUAUUCCCUAACUAAUUAGCAUGAUGGGAGAGUGUGCUAGGGAGUAUAAAAAAGUGAAAAGUGCUUCUUUAAUAAAUUUACUUGAUGAUGCUAGAAAAGUUUCAGGGAAAUUAGGAUCCAAGGAAGUAAGAGCCAUGGGGAGCAGAAUACAGAAACUAUCCUCAGAGAACGUGUUUGUUGGCUACACUUUCACUUGCUUUUUCCUUUUCUCCAAAGGACCCCUCAUUUACAAUUUGCCCUUUCAUCUCCUUUUGACAAGCAAAUAAUGGUGCCACACAACCUUGUUCAGGGUGGAAUGGGGCUUUGAGGUACCUGGGAAAGAGCUAGACAUACAGAGGACCCAUAUAACUAGGCAAAUGCUGACCUGACUAUCAGGCUGGUACCUGAAAGCAGUUUUGCUUCCCCUCUCCUUCCCCAAUGAGAAGCAGUGAAGAAGGGUAGCAGUCAAGCGACUCUGAAUCUCAGAACAUAGAACUGGCAUGCAAGAGGCCAACUUCAAGUUUGACAUACUCCUGGAGCAUGGGAAAUCAUGAGCCUGGUAUACUGUGUUCUUUGAGAAACAGAAAUAGAAGAGAGCAAAGUGUGGGGCUAACAGCAGAAAGAGUUAAGCAAAUGAUCUCUUAGAUAUUAUAUCCUUUCUGGUCCUAGAAUAAUUAAGUAUAUAAGUCAAAUCUCUGUCUCUCUGUCUCGUUCUCUUUUUCUGCCUCCCAUUUCCCCACAGUAUUCCAAACUGUAAGUCAAUAAAUACAAUGGUCAAAGUAAUGCCUAUAGUCAAACCGAGAGUGUGGCUUUCUUUCCUCCCUUUCCCCUUUGAGCUUGGCUGUUAUUUCCUCCUCUCUCGAUACUCCUCUGUCUCUUGGUUUUGAGGAGAGAAUUCUGGGCUGACCAGUGUAGCCGGACUAGAAGUUAUUUGCCCUGCUGAUAUCAUCUCCCUUGUGCCACAAAGAUUCAAAACUAGAGAACUGGCUUCAGGGAGGACAUUGAACUCAGAAGGCAAGACAGCCUCUGUUUUCUCCUUUCUGCCCAGG